AGUUCACUUGAUCCACCAUCACGGUCAUAUAGCUUGUAACAACGCGACGCUUUACCGACGCUCGGCGUCGUUUCCUAUUGAUGAACAAAUCGGGGUGUCUCCAAUAAUAAUAUAAUAUACAUGUACAUCGUGUGUGUUGUGUAUCUGUUAAAUCCAAAUAAAUAAUCACAAAUAUUAAUUAUAAUUUAUCAAAAUAUAAAAAGUUAAACAAGUUAUUAUUAUAUUAUUUUUAAAUAUAAUUAAAAAUUAAUUAUUAGUUAUUAUUUUAUAAAUUAAUAUUAUUUAUAAAUCGAUUAAAAUGGAAAGUAGACCGGCGCCACUUCGUUCAAGACGUGUUUGUCGUUUUUGUUUGACGGAAUCGGAGCCUCUCAACUUUAUAUAUGAAAGAGAUCAUCACAGCAGGCCAUUUAAUGUACCUCUAACUCUACAAAUAAUGUCUUGUGUUGCAAUUGAGGUGUACUCUGCUGAUGGAAUGCCUCAAAUGAUUUGUAACAAUUGUCGCUGGAAUUUAGAUCGUUCAUAUAAAUUUAAGCAACAAUGUAAAAAAGCAGAUGAGGCACUUCGUGCAUAUCCAAUGACUGGUACACUUCCUCGACCAUUUCCACCAAUAAAUGCUGGUGAUAAUAAAGCAGAAUUUAUUGGUAGUAGUGGUAAACGUAGUGGUGGUGUUGAACGUGAACAACCAGUCAAGAAGCCGAGGGUGGACAAUGGUGAUCAACAACAACAACAACAACAACAACAGUCAGCACCACCAGCACCAGUAAUAGUAUCACGUCCUCGUGGUCGUCCACCACGUCAUGCAGCAACACCAACAGCACCAGCAGUGGCACCAGCAACACCAAAAGUGGAGAGAAGCGAUAGUAAUUAUCGUGUAUCAAGAAGCAUCAGUGAAGGUGAAAAAAAGAGACCAGACAAUGAUGAUGGCCAGUCAAGGAGAAGGAGGAACAAGGGAAAAAUCGAUACUGAAUCUGAUGACGAGGAUGACGAGGAAGAACCAUAUUCAGAUGGUGAUGAUGAUUAUGAACCACCAGCUUAUGUCGCUAAAAAACUUCCAAAAACACCAAAACGUGAAGUACUAAGUAAGUAUGAUAAUGAUUCUGGUGCUGUUGAGACAGAUGAAAAAGUUGGUGAAAAACAAAUUAUCUUUGUACGUAAUAAAGAAGGUAAAAUUGUUAGAAAAGCAAUUAAAACAAUGUUACCAAUUCAACAACAACAACAACAACAACAAUCAUCGUCAUCAUCACCACCACCAUCAUCACAUGAAGCUGCUGAGACAAGGCCAUCAACUAGAACAUCAGCUGGAACACAACGCUCCAAUCUCAAGGUUGUACACAAUCAAAAUAAAACAAUUAAUGAUGAAUCAUCAACAAAUGAUGUUACCGAAGCUGAGGAACAGGUGAAGGAGACAACAGUAUCAACACCCAAGGCACAAACAAUCCAGACAAUCAAAAAAGAAAAAAUUGAAGCAUCACCAGAAACAUCAUCAGUUGUGCCAGCAGCUACAUCAACACAAAAAUCAGUUAAUACUGUCAAGGUAAUUAAACGUGUUGUUGUAAGAAAACCAACAGGUGGUGCUGAGACAACAACAACAACUACAACAACAACAAAAGAUGGUGAACCAAUUAAAACAACAACAACAACAUCAUCAUCAUCGUCAUCAGCUGCAGCAACAGCAACAUCAACAACUGGUACUAAAGUUAAACGUACAAUAAUACGUCGUAUUAUACGUCAAGGUGAUACAACACGUGAAGUAUUACUUAAUGCUGAUGGUACACCAAUUGAUCCAGCUGAAUUAGCUAAAUUACCAAUUGGUAAUGUUGUUAAACGUGUUGUUCUUAAAAAAUCAAAUAAUCAAACAUCACAAGUACAACAAUCAUCAUCAACAACAACAACAUCAACUGAAAAACAACAAAAACCACAACAAUUAGUUCAAAAAAAAAUAACAGCAGCACCAAUUGAUACACCAAAAUUUGAACUUAAAACAUCACAAAAUAAAACAAGUACUAAUGAGAAAAAACCUAUUACAACAACAAAUGUUGCUGUUAAAAAACCAGUUGUUGUAAGUAAUUUACAAUUACCAUCAUCAUCAUCAACAACAACCACAGCAACAACAGCCCCAGUAACAAAAAAUAAUAAUGCAACCAGUGAAAGAGUAUUGCAAUUAGAAAAACAACUUGAAACACAACGUUUAGUUAUCCAAAAAUUACAAGCUAAAAAACAACAAGAAUAUGAAACAAAUGAUGACAUGUUACCAGAUAGACAUGACUCAGAAGAUGAACAAGAAUUACCAUUAAAAAGAGUAUUUGUUAAAAGAAAGCAAAGUAUUUAUGAUGAAGAAAAAGCAUACAAUGAUCAUGAUCCAGAAUAUGAACCAAAAGAACAAGUACAACCAUUAACAGCUAUUGCUAUUGCUGCUGCUGCUGCUGCUGAAGAUGAUGAUGCUACUGAUAAUGGUGAUGGUGCAACUGAUGCUGAUGCUACUGCUGAUGCAAAUACUACCACUACUACUGACGAUAAAACAGAUAAACAAGAUGCAUCAUCAGUUGAAUAUAAUAAAACAGAUGUAUUUAUUAAAAUGGAAGCAUCAAGUGGUGUUGAUGAUAUAAGCAGAGAAUUAAAUAGUAUUCUUGAAUCAACAGAUAAUGUUGUUAAAAUGCAAGAAAAUGUUCUUAAUAAUUUAACUGAAAUAUCUGGUAUAAAUGAUAAUGAUAAAGAUGAACAAGAACAAGUUGUAAAAAUGCAAAUUAAUGAUGAUAAUAAUAUUGAUGAUGAUAAAACAAAUCAAAUUGAAAAACAGCCAGAUGUUGAAAAUAAAGAAAUUGAUAAUGCAACAGUUGAACAAGGUGUUGUUGAUGAACAACAACAACAAAAUCUUAAUACAACACAAGAUUUAUUUGAUAAUUCAGAUGGUUCAAUUUGUCAACAAAAAAAUGAACAAUCAAUGAAUGAUUCUGUUAUUGCAUUGUCACAAACAAAUGACACAAUUAAUUUAAAUGAUACAACUGACACUCAAGAUAGUCUUGAAGAUACACUUUCACAAAUGGAAGGUUAAUUAUAAAUAAUAUAUUUACAUUUAUACAUUAAUAAUAAUUAUUGUAAUAAUAAAUAACUAAAAGUAUAAUAGUUUAAAUAUUUUAAUUCCAAAUGUUUUUGAGAUAAUUAUAAGAUUCAACUCUUUUUUUUUUUUUUUUAUUAAAUAAUUUUUCUUUUUGGUACUUUUGGUUCUUCCCUGUUCAUCAAUAUUAUAUGGUUUUUUUUUUUUUUUAUGACUAUUGUUCCAUCAAAUUAUUGAUCAAACAAUUUAUAAUAAAAUAUUUUCGACAUCCAAUAUUUUUAUCAAAUACUUUUAAAAAAUAUAACAAGUUUUAUAAAUAAAAUAAAAAUAAUCAAUCAAAUUGUUUGAUUAAUAUAUGAAAAAUUAAAUAACAAUUAUUCUUUUUUGUAAUUAUGAAUGAAUGAUAAAUUUGAAUGAUGAAUUGUGGGAAUAAAUAUUAUACUGGAAAAACAAAAUGUUAUAAAUAUCUUUAAGAAUAAUAAUAAUAAAAUUAUUAUAAACAUUUUAAACAAUUUUUUUGAAUAUAUUUCUUUGGUUUCUUUUAUUUUAGUCAAGUAGAUAAAGUUUAUAAAUAAUAUCAUGGAAAAAAAAAAUGAAAAUAUCAAUUAUUGAUAGUAAUAAUUUUUUAAACAAUUAUAGAAUGAUUGAGUAUAUUUUUAGAAAAUAAAAAUAAUUGAUAA